UGGGGAUGGAUGGUCAUAAAGAGAGUAUUCUGACUCUAAAAAACUACGGAGCUUGCCACAAGAAGAAAGGUAACUUUGAAGAAGCAAGAAAUCUACUCGAAAAGGCGGAACGCGUUGCCGAGCGAAAACUAGAUGAGGAUCACAUGUGGAAAGUCAUGGUAAAAACUGAACAAGCUCUCUUGCAUGAAGAAGAAGGAAAGGAAGACCAAAUGGAGGUGGCGAUGAAAGAAGGACUUCAAAUGUGUUACAAACUCCGACAGACUGUAGAACAACUUGGCAACAAACAUCUGAUACGGAAAACUCUAAAUCGCUAUCCAAAGUUGUUUCCAAAAGAAAAAUCCCUUGUUGAAAGGCACAUGUGCCCUCUGUAACUCGAGCAGAAAUAAAUGAGGAUAGGAUAAUUACUUCAGAUGUAAACUGUCAAACUGACUUUUUAAAAGUAGCUUAUCCU